AUGCUCGAUUCUGUGGACCGAAAACUUCACAUUGCUAUAGAAAAAGUUGCCAAACCCUAUAGAAAACCUAAUAUUCUUGCGGAGUAUAUUGCCCUACAACUAGAAAAUAGAGUUCCAUUCAGAAAAACAAUGAAGAAAGCUAUUGAACUGGCUGAACGGGAAGAUGUAGAAGGUAUUCAGAUCCAAAUCGCAGGACGUCUCGACGGAAAAGAAAUUGCCCGGGUCGAAUGGGACAGGGGAGGUAGGGUUCCCCUACAGACAAUUCGGGCUAGGAUUGAUUAUUGUUAUUAUCCGGUUCAAACC